GGAGGACAAGAGCGCAACUACAAGCUCUUAGAAAGCGGAUCCAAAAAAAAUCAAGCUCAAGGACAUCUUCAAGAGAACGAGGGGGGCAAGAACUUCUUACUCACGCCAGAGAACAGUGGGUUCGACAGAAUCAUUGUGUCUGAAUAUCUUCCAGCAGUGCAUCAAAUUGGGACUUCAUCAAAUAUCAAAAGUCGUGACAACAAGAUCAUGAACGCUGAUCAAGCAGCAAAAGCGAAGUCCGCGUUUGCCACGACUUUGCGAGCACUGUUUCCCUCUACUACAUCUUCGUGUGGUCGUAACCCUGAUAAAACAAAUAACUACGAAGAUGAUCAGCAGCAGGUGCAGGGCCCCCUCCAUUAUGUUGAUAAAGGUAUCAACAAGCAAAUGCCUUUUUUUUGGUUCGACAAGAAGCAGAGGGAGAAGUCUUCACCAGUCAGGGACUCACCGGUCGAGAAUGUCCCGAGUGUCGCGAAUGUGUUAAGGGACGAGGAGCCGCCGGCUACUAAGGAACGAACGAACAAGGCCUCGGAUGAAAUUUCGUCGUCUGGCAACAUUGCAC